AUGCUCUAUGAUUAAUUAAACGAAGCCUCAGUAAGACAUGUGGAAUUUUUAUUUACUCUAGUAUAAGGCAAUGAAUCUGAAUGCUAAAUAGAAGAAAACUUAAUAAUAUAUUCACUUUUACAAUUAUUUAAUUUACACUUCAGUAGAUUGAUAUAAUUAUAUAAGGCUAAACUAACCCAACCAUUGUAACAUUUUACAAAGAAUUAACCCCUGAGUAAUUUACUAAAAUAACUUUUAAGAACAUUAAAUUUAAUUUUAUUAAAGGAUCAAACAAUGGAAUUUUUAUUCCACUUUUUUUUAAAUUGUAAUUGUUAUUAAAAUUGGAGAAUAUUAUAUUUACAAUGCCAUAUAAUGAAUAUAGAAAUAUCUCUUUAAUGAUAAGAACUAAUAUCCCUUAUUCACUUUUAAUUGAGAAUUUCACGAUCAUUCACUUCUAUGUUUCAUCAUCUGAUAUAUUUUCUUUUAUGUUUAUUAAGAAUUCUAAAAAGAAUAAUAUCUAGAUAAAUAAUUUGAAAAUUCUGGAUUCCAAUUUCUUUAAUUCAACAUUAUUUAUACUUCAAGCUAAAAUGACUAUUUUGCUGUAUGAUAUAUUUUUUAACUAAACCUCAAUAUAAAAUAAAAUAUUUUCUUAAUCAAAUUUCUUUCAUAGUUAUGGACUCUUAAAUUAUACUACUUGUAAUUUAUGGAUCAAAUAAAUAAUGCUAUUAAAUGUUCAAAUACUAUAAAAUUCAUCUAUACUUCUUUUAUGUUGUUUUUAGUAAUCAUAAAUUUCUAAUGAAUCAGCCCUAGAAUCUUGCGCUAAGGCAUUUAUAGAAAAUUAUCAGAUGUCAAAUACUCUUAAGAAUGAUAAAAAAAAAUGA